AAUUACAUAUGUCAAAUCAGCAACAAAAAUCUGAAAUUAAUUGCCCCAUGAAAGUUGUUUCUUAUGGUCAAAUAGCGUUUAAAAAGCUUAUUUUUCAGGCUAGACCAGCCAAUGCGCAUUCGGAGUCAUAACGUGCUUACUGUGCAUGUUUUCGGCUGCUCUAGUCAGGGCUGCGUUCAGCUCUGUCAAAACAUUACAAAACGUUUUUUAAACAGAAACAUUGGUUUAUUGAACACCCUCUUCUGAUGACGCAAGACAAGAGCUGCAACUAUGGCAGCUGAGAAGGCCAUUCUUUGUGUUCUUUUUGAAGAAUUUUCGGAGCCUGAUGAAAUCGGAAGCUGCAAGCAUACACCAGUCCUGCCAAGUCACCAUGGCUGCAGUAGUGAAGGGAGGGGGAGUUGGUGUCUCUGGGGACCUGCUUCUGAAAAAGACGCACCAGAAGAGAUGCCUCGCCCCAGCCACACACAGCACAGCUGCAGCCAAAGAGCUCUCUUCUCCAUGGCUAGCGUCAGACAUCUCAUCUUACUUCUUCUCUACUGUGAUGGGAUGAACACUGAAACAACCCCUUCCCCACAGUCUGAUCCUGUAAUUACAACACGAAAAGCUGUAUCCAAAGGUCAAAAUCAAGUCAUUAUUGAAGACCUUGCAAUCCUGACACCCCAGUAUAUAGAACUUUUAUGUAACCUAACUGAUAUACCAAAUAACCCUCCGUACAUUACUGGCUAUUGGACUAAAGAUGGACAAGAAAUUGAAAACUCUGAAGAAACUGUAAAUAGGUACAAUGAACAGUAUAUCCUUAAAAAGACUUUCAGUAUACAGGCCAGAGACUUGGGAAAUUAUUCCUGCAUCUUCAGAGAAAAUCGGGCACAAGUAACAUUUGUUUUAGAUGUUCCUGUAAUAAAAGACAAAAGAGACAAGCCGGUAGUGAGUUACAUUGGAGAUUCAGUUGUACUGGAGUGUAAACUCAAACACACACCAAACACCUGGAACUGGUACAAGGCAAACAACACUGAAAAGGGGCUCAUCAAUGUUACUGCAAACCCUCUGAACUACAAGAUCUUUAUUAAUGGAAAUGAAACCAAACUGACUGUACUGAAUCUGACCGAAGAAGAUUCUGGAAAGUACAUAUGCAGUGCUGAGUUUGAUAUCAAACCCAGUGAGUCUUAUGUAGAGCUGAAGGUCUUGUCGUAUACUGAGCCUCUCAAGCCCUUCAUUGCUAUAGUGGUUGAAGUCAUUGUCCUUGUCACGCUGAUUUUGCUUUGGGAAAAAUGCAACAAGCCACAACAUGACGACUUUUCUGCAGGAGUGAAUGAUCUCUGCUCUGAACAAACCAGCAAACUCACUCGUGAUGAGAGCAAUGGAGUGGAGAACAACACAGCAAGACAAAGAAAACUGGAGCGCUGAGGUUUUCAUUUUAACAGACGAAAAAAAAAAAGAGUCUGCUUUAGAAUCUUGUGGCUUGAAUCAAUGAAGUAACAAGCAAUAAGGUUUUUGCCUAAACUAAUUCAGUCACAGCAAUAUAUGUAAACAUAUAUAUAUAUAUACUGUAUAUUACAUUCUCUAGAUUGCAUGUUUUCAUAAUCUUCAAUAUAGUGUUAUUGUCAAGGUUUUAAGUGUUCACAUGACCUUUUAGAAGUCAAUUUAAUAAUAAAGGUCAUCUAAAGAAAAUACUUUUCUCAAGGCUUUAUUAGAAGAUUAAAUCGCUUCAUAUAUUUAAAUUUCAAAUUGCUCAAUUCAUACAGAUCACUUUAUGAUACAUUUUUGUACUUGUACUGUGUGACGUGUGAAAGCUUUUGGUUGCUUGGACUUUCAACUGAGGAACAGAGAGCAAACCUACAAAAAUGUCUUCACUUGUAUUCAAACAUGAAGAAAAGUUUUAUGGGUUUUGACUGACAUGAGGGUGAGUAAAUGACAAUUUUAAUUUAUGGGGGAACUUUUCUUUUUUCUUUUAAAUUCUUCAACAAACAAUGUGUAAUAUUUUAAUUUUCAGUUCUAUUUUGGGCACUUAAAUCCAAAACAAAAACAAAUUUUUAAACUUAAAUGAAGACAAAAAUGACAUGCAGCUCUA